CUGGAUGGAGUUUAUGCUCUUCAGACAACUAGAGCAUCCAGGAUUUCCUUUUAAGGCUGGAGGGAUAUGUGAAAGCAGAAUGAGGCUGGCCUCUACUGAACAGGACUGUGUUCUUUCAGAAGGCCCCAUCAGAAGGAUCUAGUGCUUUUUCACCAUGAGCAUCGCAGUGUCACCGGUUGCCAGUGAGGCUGCCUCACCUAUGAUAACCUCUGUCACACCCACCCUGGAGUCCAGUCCGAAGGAGGAGCAGCCAGGCCCCUGUGGGCCCAGUAGCAGCGGGGAUGGGAUGAGUCAGGGCCGGGACCCCUGCCGGAGUUACCAGAAACCACCUCCCCUUCACACCGGAGCAGACUGGAAGGUGGUGCUUCACCUGCCGGAGAUAGAGACCUGGCUGAGAGCCACAACGGAUAGAGUGAGAGGUCUCACUCACUCCGUCCAGCAGGACAGCCUCAACAAACAUGUGGACGUUCAUCUGGUGCAGCUGAAGGACAUCUGUGAGGACAUAUCAGAUCAUGUGGAGCAGAUCCAUGCUCUGCUGGAGACUGAGUUCUCCCUGAAGCUGCUGUCUUACUCGGUCAACAUCAUCGUGGACAUCCACAGUGUGCAGCUGCUGUGGCACCAGCUCCGCGUCUCUGUGCUGGUUCUGAAGGAGAGACUCCUCCAGGGCCUACAGGACUCCAACGGCAACUACACCCGCCAGACUGACAUUCUGCAGGCCUUCAGCCAGGACCACGACCAGGCCCGACUGGAUGCUUUGACAGAGGUAGACGACUCAGGUCAGCUGACCAUUAAGUGCAGCCAGGACUAUUUCUCCCUGGACUGUGGCAUCACUGCCUAUGAACUCAGCGACUACAGCCCCAACGAGGAAGACACAGAGGGCCGGGGCCCAGGCCAAGACCCGCGCUCCCUUUAUCCUGAGCUAGAGCGGGAUUUCCCUGAGCUGCUCCAGAGCGUAGAUCUCCUGACCAUUGCUGCCUCCAGACAGAGCCAAGAAUCAUCUUCACCUGUGGAGGAACCACCAGAAUCCACCCAGAGUACCCAGAGUGGGCCCAUAGACCAGGAACCCUCCACAGACACAGCCAUGCAGGGUGGCACCUUUCAGGUAGAAAAUGGCCUUGGCCUGUCCAAGCGUCCACUUCAAGGCUCCCACAGCAGCGACGUGUCUCCAACACAGCCCUCCAUGCCCAAGAAGCCCAUGUACAUGGAGGCUAGACUCAACAGGCCGUCUUCUCUGCAGUACCAGGCUGAUAUUAGCAGAAGCACACCCUCUCUCUUAGAACUGCCUGAUCGUUCCAAGUUCUGGCUGGAGCUAGAGACAGUGUACCCCAGCAGUGGGAGUCAGUCUGAUGAGAACCUUCACGUUAUGAAUGGCAAGAACCGGCAAGUGAGUCACCAGACAACUUUCCAGAAGCAUACAGCCAUAGGAAGAGCUCAAAUCCCCCUUCAGAGAAGCUCGUCUGAGGCUGGGCAGGAGUAUGGCACUGAGGGUACUAACCUGCACUCAAGCUCAAAGAGCAAGCCCUCAAAAACCGAGCCAAACAGUGACUCCUCCAGCCUUCCAUCUUCAUCAGGUGAGGACACCUCAGACCAUGACCCACGUGAGAGCUCCUCCAGCCCAGAUGAUCAUGCACCUACUACAGGUUCUCUGUGGAUCAUGCCCCACGUCCCCCAAACAACCAGUUGUAGCCCUAAAAAUGAAUGCUGGUAUGGUUCUGAGGAGUUUCUGGCCCUUCCUGCCCAGCUGAGGAAGACUGAAAUGCUGGCACUGAAGCUGGAGAGCCUGGCGCAGGCCUUACCCCCGAGAGCCCUGCAACAGCCCAUCCAGGAUGUGGACGACUGGGAGCUGACUGAAGCCAACCCAGAAUGGGACAGCGGCCCCCAUCUCCUCCGUCCCAGGUCCUACAAGAAGCAUUUCCCAGGGGGAUGUUUCUCAUCCUCCUCCAGCGACGUGGCCCCCUCUUUAGAUGAAAGCAUUGAGUCUGGGCCCCUCAGUGAUCUGCUGUCAGAGGAUGAAGGUGGCUGGAGCAGGCCUGAGUCCCGGAGAGCUGAGAGGUACGGUUUGCAGCCCAAAGCCUCUCGGAUGGUGCUCGAGUGUACACCUCUGAUCCAGCAGCUACUAGAAGACAUCCAGCACCAGGACAACUACCAGAACAUCUGGGGAAAAAUAGAGGGUUUCGUCUCUAAGCUGGAUGAGUUUAUCUGCUGGCUGAGGGAAGCCCUGGAGAGCACGGAGAACUGGACUCCACCCAGAGCAGAUACAGACAGCCUCCGACUCUACCUGGAAACACACCUCAGCUUCAAGCUGAACGUGGACAGUCACAGCGCUCUGAAAGACAGUGUGCUGGAGGAGGGGAGGCAGCUGCUGGAACUCAUCACCUCCCACAAAUCAGGCCUCCAGGACAUGCUCCAGAUGAUAGCGCACCAGUGGCAGGAGCUGCAGAGGCAGAUCCGCCGGCAGCACAGCUGGAUGCUGCGCACGCUGGACACCAUCAAAGCCCACAUCCUGGCCAGCGAAAGAGCCACAGACCCUGAGGACCCUGAGAACCAUGGUCCCCACGCCAGCCCCAAGGCACAGGUGCAGCGGUGUCAUGCAGAGGCCCAGAGGGAUAUUGUGGAUCAGAUGAGUGUAAAGCUCAGGAGUCAGCAGUACUCCAGCUCCAGCAGGAACAGAGACUUCUCCCUCAUGUCCAAGUUCAACAGCCUAUCAGAGUUCCAGACCGAGUACCAGGAGCUCUGGGAUUGGCUGAUGGACAUGGAAUCCACUGUGACGGACAGCCAUGAGCUGAUGAUGUCAGAGGAGCAGCAGCACCAUCUCUAUAAGGGGAACAGUGUGGAGAUGACCAUGUGGCUCCCUAAGAAGACGCAGCUCCUGGGCUGGGCGGAGAGUCUGAAGAGGAGCGGCACGGAGCUGCCUGCUGACUUUGACGAGCGCAUCACUGCUCUCAGGGCCAAGUGGGAUCAGCUAGAGAAGACCCUGGGUGAGCAUGUGGUGGUGCGUGCGGGCGAUCCGGGUUCUCGCGGGCUGCUCUCUCCAGGCACCAGCAGCAUGGUGGCUCAGCUGGAGAGCAGGAUCAAGGAGCUGAAGAGCUGGCUGCGGGACACUGAGCUCUUCAUCUUUAACCUGAACCUCCGAGCAGACACACAGCAUCAGAACCACACGCAUGACUCCAGCUACACAGAGCAAGACCCCCAGCCGAACCCACAGCAUGACCCCCAAACAGACCUGGAGUCAGACCCACAGCCGGACCCACAAGCCGCCAAGCAGCUGGAGCACUUCAAGGCUCUGUGUGUGGAGGUGCGAGGCAGGAGGAAGGGUAUGGCCUCGGUGCUGCGUCUGUGUCAGAGGCUGCUGGAGGGGCCGGAGGAGCAGAGCUCUGAGUCCGAGCGCCAGUCCCUGCAGCUGCUGCAGGUGAACCUGGAGAGGCGCUGGGAGGCCAUCGUCAUGCAGGUGCUGCAGUGGCAGAGCCGCCUCAAACGCACCCUGGGGCGAGAACAGGUCCCAGGGAACUUGAUCGAACCAUCGCUUAUGGAUCUCCAUGGCCAAUCUGAAGACUCUUGGGAAUGGGAUGAGAUGGACAUGACCAUAGUUAAUAUGGAGUCACAGGAAUGUGAUGAGCAAAACCUUCCUUCUGAAAUGCACGUCCGUUCUGGUGGCGAGCUCUUAAAUAUGACUGAGUCAUGCCCCUCACAGCAAAGAGCAAGCCUGGACAUCUCAGAGCCAAAUUCACUGUCUUCCCAUGUUUAUCAGGUAUUCAGUCUGCAUAAUGUGGAGUUAUAUCAACAGCCGCAGUACAAUCAAAAGAUGUCUCCAAAUAUCACCAAAACCAAAGGGAAGCAGCCACUGCUGAAGAGCCUGAGCAAGGACUCCUCUUUCUCCUCAGUGGAGUCAUUGCCAGACAUCAUAGGAGGGCUACUGAACGGGAAACAGGGGUUGCUAACAGAUUUAACCAGGAGAUCAGAGAGUGAGAGUGGGAUAGUCAGUGAAGGGGACACUGAGACCACAGCCAAUUCUGAGAUCUGUCUGCUUUAUCAGAGUGAAGAUCAAAAGGUUCACGUUACUCUCACUCCUCCCAUUCGGGCGGAAUCGCCUUGUGUAGAUAAAGUGUCAGAUGAAGAUAUAGACAGGAUCCUGGAACGUGCCAACAAAUGUGCCGAGCUGGGAGACAGUCUAGCAGAGGAGACAAAGAACCAAAGACAUCGCAUUGUGAGGAGGAAGAAAGAAGAAUCUGGAGAGAGCAGGAGGAAGAACAGAAAAGAACCAGUGGAGAUCCUUAUUAAUGGCUGCUGUCUCAGUCCUGAGUCUGAGGACUGUGACACUGGAGCUUUCAGUGCUGGAGACAAUGACAAAAGAAAAAUCCGGAAGGAGUCUACCCAGCUGUCCCAGGGGUCUUCCCUGGACUCCUUGUAUUCAGUGGGAGAAUUAUUUCCAUCGGCCAAAGAGACUCUCACGCGCAGCACAUCCCUUGAGAGCUGGCUGGCUCCAUGUAAAGGUCCGGAGGAAGUGGGCAGUCAGGGCAGUCUGAGGGACAUGGGCCUGGCUGCAGAGCCCACUGGGGAGCUGAGCAGGAGAACCCUGGAACUGCUCAAACGACUUGAAAACAUCCAGACCCCUCUUGACCAGAAGAUGACCCGCAGUGUUUCUGAUGUCACCCUACAAAGCAGCUCCCUUCAUCUUCCCUGUCAUGGGCCACGUUCAGGUGGACUUGCUUCCUCUGCUAAUGAGAGCAUGGCUGCUUCUCUCACAGAGCUAAGCAGUGUUGAGGAUUCAUCAGUGGCAUCUGAAGAUCUGGCCGUACAGAGGAACCGCCGUGUAGCUGCCAACUCAAACAAUUCCUUCAAGAAGCAAUGCCGCAACCAGCAGCUGGCAGAUGAGACAGAUGCUAGCAUCAGCAUGGUGGUCAAUGUGUCCUGCACCUCAGCAUGCACCGAUGAUGAAGAUGAUAGUGACCUGCUUUCCAGUUCCACUCUCACCCUCACUGAGGAAGAGCUGGGCAUCAAGGACGAUGAAGACUCUAGCAUUACCUCUGAGGAGGAGUAUAUAGAGGGCUCAUUUGCACUGGGGCUGGACUACAUGAAGGGCGAGUUUCAGAGCUGGAUCAAGCACAGGUCCCAGAACAGGGAAAAGAAUGAGGCAGAUCUCGGUGAUGAGUUGCAGUGUGGCACCCUGUCCAGAGAGAUUCUUUCACCUGUGAGGACCACUGGGGAUCGGCAUUUCUUGAAUCGAGCUGCUCUGAAGCUCUUGGAAGUAAACACAAAUGCUAAGAAUGACAGCCUUAAACAACAGGAGGUGGACGGCAGUCGCAGGGACGCAACCAGAAGUUACAUCAGCUGCUUUGUGGAUGACAUGGAGAAUGGGAAUGUGGACAGCUCACACAUCAAAGGGAAAGAUGAGGAUGAUGAGCUCCUCAGAGAAGAAGGGAGUCUAUUCACUAAGAAAGGAGAAUCAUGUAAGGACUGCUAUGCCAUGGAUGCUUUAAAUGGAGAUAUGUCGGGUAUGGUAAUCACCACCUCACCUGCCCCAUGCGAGCAGCUGAACCUGCAGUCCAAAGAGUCGUCUCUGGAGGGUCAGCUGAAAGGUGAGCUGCCAUGCCACAGCUCCCAUCGCCCGUCCCCCUCUCUGUCUCCCAUGGAGGAGUGCUCAGGGACCCACCAUGGCAUGCUGGGAGCUUCUCAUAUGAGCUCCCAAGAGCGGUUAGCAUCUUUCCUGAAUGAUGUCCAUGAAAAUCACACGGAGAGCUGUAGCCACCCGUCCUUCCCUUCAGAAGAUGAUAAAGGCGAGAACAUUCACAGCUUUGUGAUGGAGAUCAUUGACAUGGCAUCGGUGGCACUCAAAACUAAAGAAGCCCCAGCAGAGCCUUUUCAGGAAGUCUCCAGCCCAACCUCAGUCUCUCAGAUCAGAGAGAAAGUUCUUGAACACUCGCAUCGGCCCAUCCACCUGCGCAAGGGGGAUUUCUACAACUACCUGUCGCUCUCCUCCCAUGAUAGUGAUUGUGGGGAGGUCAGUACCUGCACAGAGGACAAGAGCAGUACCCCAGUCCUCUCAAGAACCCCAGAAAUCCGCGAUGAAGAGCCUCUGUUCGAGGCCUGCACAGAAGAAGUCUACCUAGGCCCUCCUCUUUGCUACAGCAUGUCCAUUAGCAAACGGCCCACGAGACGCAGCACCAAACUAAUAGACCCCUUCUGUCCCCUGAGCCAAGCACCUCCACCAGCCUCUGAUGAAUACCAAAAAGCACAUGGUAUUUCUCCAGGAAGUAUAGCUGGGAGCCAGCCACAGUGCCAUAAUGAGGCUCCUUAUCUUAAUCCUUUACUAUGUGAAACCCUGAUAGACACUGUUGAAUGUUUUGCAGAUACUAAAAUGCUUGAAUCCAAUAUUUCCCCUGUAAUGACUAAGAUAAGAGUCUCUUGCUCCAGUACAAAUCCUUUAAAAGAGGAAGGCGGCCUAUAUAUUAAUCCUAAAAUUAACUGUCCCCCGAUAAGAAAGAGUGAUAGGGAUGAAAGAGGUGCUGCUUCACAGUGGAUGAAACAGAAGAAUGUCAGAAAAGGGCGCAGCUCUCCUCAGGAAGCCAAGUCAACUCAUAAACAGUUGCCAAGGUCAGAGAGUGGUGUUGGGCUGCCGGAGACAGGCCGCAGGGCUUCGUUCAGCACUCGCCGUUCAGACAGCUCAUCUGCAGUGAGGAGUGGAGCGAGCAGCAGGCCCCAGGCCAGGGUUCCUACUAGACUCGUGGGAACCCUGGCCAGCCCUGCGUGUAAGCCCUAACUGAAGAGGUUCUGCCGCUGCGUAGUCAUUCUGUGGGCCAGGAUCUUUCUUUGAUCCUGGUGCAUGGACCCCUUGUUUGGCACUGCAAUGUUUUCUGGCCCUCCUCCUCCUGCUUUAGCGCCUACUUCUGACCUUUGACCCCGGUGACUUCAUGGUGACCCCCAACGUACUCUACUCUCUGCUCAUCCUGGACCCCCAGAACUGAGCUACCUCACUGGUCUUCCACCCUGAAACUCACUACCACAGUCUAAUAUACACACAAACACACAAGAUCGUAUCAGCCCACCAGCUGCAGAUAUAUCAGCGCAAAUCACAGGUGUUUCUCAUUUGCAGCUUCAAAGUGGAGUGAGGUGCAGCACAUUGUAGAGGUUGACAUAGACACAUGUAGUAUGUGUGAGUAGGCCAUAACCGCGUGGCGUCACGUCUCAGUUGGUCUGGAGAGCAGCUUGCUCCAGCUUUACUCAGCUCCACUCUUCCUGCGUGUGUAAGAUGCUUUUGCAGAUGUCGAAGCCCGGGCCCGUGGACUGUUAAAACAAUGAGUGCCGAAGUAGAGCUAUCUAUGCAACCCGACAGCUGUGUGAGGUUGUGUGGCAUGGGAUUUCGCGCCAGUUAAUGGGAUGCUAUUCACCAUUUCUGUUUAUUUAUUAUUAUUUUUUGUAAUUCCCCAGAUUUGGAGAAACAAAGAAAUGUUUUAAACUUUAAACAGUUUUGUGCCUUGCAGUUAUUUCUUAUAACUUUUGUUAAAACACUGCUUUUUUCCAUGUCGCGUGUUCAGUAAUUAGUGAGAACGUGGACUUCCGAGCAAGGUUUGAGACUAAUGAAUGGGCAUCUGUAUAUAUGUAUACUGUACGUGCAAAUCUUGGUGUACAAUGACAGUAUAAAUGCUUCGUGUUAGUGUACAACUGUGUGUGUUCUGUGAUGUGAAUAAUUAUAAGCCUUAAAGUGCUAGAAUGCAUGGUUAACUGUAUACAGGCUCUUCAGAAAUAAACAUAAUUUAUUGAAGACUGUU